CACGUAGAAGAUAAUUUCAGUUUGUCUUCACAACGGUCCCACUUCCAUUGUGAAGAUGAGAGCUUUGCCUUUGAUAUUUGCGGCACUAGCCAUAUUGCUGCCCUCAAUAUGGGCAGCCUCAAUAUCUGAUCUAACGGAUAAUGAAUCUGCUCCUGUAGAGUAUGCUCGCGCGGUUCGGCAGACAGAUGCUGGCGAAGGUACCGUGUCUAACGAUGGUGAAGGUGAUAGCGAAGAUGGUGAUGCUGGUGAUGGGGGUGAUGUUGGCGAAGGGGAUGACGCUGGUGAGGGUGGUGAUGCUGCCGAAGGUGGUGAUGCUGGCGAAGGCGGUGAUGCUGGCGAAGGUGGUGAUGUUGCCGCCGGUGGUGAUGCCGGCGAAGGUGGUGAUGCUGCCGCCGGUGGUAAUGCCGGCGAAGGUGGUGAUGCUGCCGCUGGUGGUGAUGCUGGCGAAGGUGAUGGUGCUAGUCAAGGUAGUGAUGGAGCGGAUGGAGGCAAUGAAAAUGUUGCAGGCGAAGGGGACAAUGGAAACCAGGGAGGAGCAGGAGAUGAUGGAGCUGGUGGAGCUGGAGGAGACGCUGGAAACGAUGGCGCUGAUGGAGACAAUGGAGGUGCUGAUGGUGGUGAUGAUGUAGGAGAUGAUGGAGCUAUUGGAGACUAUGAUGACGGCGGGGCAGAUGGAAACGCUGGUGGAGAUGUUGGAAAUGGUAACAGUGGGGGGAAUAGCGGAGUGAGCGGAGGUGGAAACAAUGGCAGCCCAAGUGGUGGAAGACGUCCUAUUCGCCGCCCAAUUAGACGUCGUCCAAUCCGGCGAAAGCCGAAUCGUCGAAACAAGGUUCGUCGUGGUAAACGCCGACCAGCACGUCGCGGACGAAAGCGCCGACAAAAUCGCAAAAAUCGACGACCCAAUCGCAAAAAUAAGAAACGUAGGAAUCAAAAAGGAAAUCGCAAACGUAAUCGCCGUAACAACCGAGGAGGUAAUCGGCGAAAUAACAACCGUCGUAACCGCCGCAAUAACCGUAAGCGACAAGGCUAGCUCACAACAUGCAAUGUUUUCGAAUGGCGUAAAUAAAUUAGGAUAGUAAGUUCACGAAAAUACAUUUCACUCCAAAGUUCAACUCUAUUUAAGAUGUGAAUUUGCUGUUUACAGAGGCAA